GUGAAAUUGUGCCCACGUGAAAUGCUGGUGAAGGAGAUUCUGCCUCUCUUCACGUCCGGGAAGGUGAUUCGUGGCUUUCGGCGCGGCACGGAACUUGGCUUUCCCACAGCCAAUUACCCUGUGGAGGUGGUGAGAGCGCUGCCUGCGGACUUUGCCACUGGAAUUUACUGCGGCUGGGCUCAAGUGGCGAACGGAGAUGUCCAUAAAAUGGUCAUGAGCGUGGGAUGGAAUCCCUUCUUCGACAAUAAAGAGAAAUCGAUGGAAACGCAUAUCCUUCACACUUUCCCGCAGGAUUUCUAUGAUCAGACGCUGAAAGUCUGCGUGGCGCAUUACCUCAGGCCAGAGGCCAAUUUCACCACGCUGGAGAACCUCAAGAAGGCAAUCCAGCAAGAUGUAGCGGAUUCAGACAAACUCCUCGACACACCAGAAUUUUACAAGCUCAAAAGCGAUCCCUUUUUCAUCAAUACGACCAAUGGGCAUCUAUAAGAUCCUUCAGACUAGCUCCAAUUAUUCCCAGGAGAACACAAUCUCUCUCUCUAUCGUAGGUUUUAGCAAAACGUUGCCUUUAAUUCUGUGAAAUAUGCGGGAAAUGCAAGUACUUAGCGAACAA